UUUUUUGGUCAGAUGCGUAUCGUCAGUUUAGUAUCGCAGGCGAAUCGAAUGUUUGAAAACGAUUCGAAAAACGUCCACCACACGAGUUAUAAUGGCAAUCAUAAUAUUUAUGGCAAAUGAUUUUGUUGGACCACAAAAUGCAUGUAUUGGUUUAGCACAAUCAUUACGUCAACAUGGUCAUCGAACGUAUUUUUGUUUACGAAAAGAAUUUUUCCCCAGAUUUUUAUCCAAUGGUUUUGAUGAACAAGAUUUAUUGGAAUUGAAAUUGGCAACGUCAACAACAACGGCGGCUCAGAAUAAUGACAACAAAAAAAGUCUUGAAUAUUUGAUUGAAAAAAUUCGUGAAUUUGGUUUUGUAACUGAUUUAACACCAUUGGAAAAAGUAAGGCGAAUCAAACAAGUAAAUCUGGUUAGAACAACAUUCGAAGAACCGCUUGAACAAUUGGAUGGACAAUUGAAAAAUUAUCUGGAACAAAUCCAUCCGGAUUUAAUUAUCUAUGAUGGUGAAGUUAUUCCACCGGCGAUUCUUUAUUGGCCAAAUUGUCCAUGGAUUUAUCUAUUCUGUAGUAAUCCAAUCGGGUUAUUUGAUUCAGAUCGUUUGCCACCAUUUCUAUCUGAUUUUCAUACAUUGAAAAAUGUCAACCACGAUGGCGAUGAUCAGCAACCAAAAUGUUGGCAAGAAUUUCGUUCAAUAUUGGAUGAAUGUUAUUAUAGUUUAGUACGACAAGCACAAUCCAGAUUAUGUCGAAAAUUAUCAUAUCCAGAUCCCAAUGAUAAUGGAUGGAUGAAAAAAUAUCGAUUUUUUAUUCAAUCACCAUAUCUAAAUCUUUAUCAAUAUCCUCGAGAAUUAGAUUAUAUCGAUUGUAUCGAUAUAUCGAUCGAACGUUAUUAUCGUGUUGAUUCAUUUUGUCGUCAUUCGAAAUUUUUCAAUGAUGAUAAUGACAGCGAACAACAACAAUUAUUAUUGGAAAAGAUAAUCAAAAAACAACAACAAAAUGGUUCGGGUAAAUUAAUCUAUUUAUCAUUAGGUUCAAUGGGUUCUUGUAACCUCGAUCUAAUGCAACGUUUAAUUGGGAUUUUAUCGAAAACCAAACAUACUUAUCUAAUAUCAACUGGUAUGGUUAAUGAUCAAUUAAAACUUGAUUCAAAUAUGUUUGGACAAUCAUAUCUACCACAAAUUUGGUUAUUUUCUAAACUGAAUAUUGAUUUAGCCAUUAUACAUGGUGGUAAUAAUUCAUUAUGUGAAACAUUCGAAUAUGGUAUACCAUGUUUAAUAAUGCCAUUAUUUUAUGAUCAAUUUCUGAAUGCACGUCGUGUGGAAGAAAAACAACUUGGCCGAUCAAUUGAUCCAUUCAAUUUUGAUGAUAAUCAACUUAUCAAUUUGAUCGAUCAAAUGCUCAAUGAUGAUCGAUUAAACAAGAAAAUGAAAAUUAUUAGUCAAAGAAUUCAACAAGAAGAUAGUAAAUCUAAAUGUUGUAAACGUUUGGAAGAAAUUAUCGAACGAUUCAAACAAAACAACAGCAACAACAAAAAAUCAAUUGUCUAACCUUCGAAACGAAUCGAAUCGAUUGAUUUUUUUUUAUUUCUUUGGAAAAUAAUGUACAAAAUUUAUGUACCUGAAAUUUGAUG